UAAAUGCACAUCACCUCUCACAAUGAUCCAGCUAGCUGCCCGUUGAGAAAGCUCCUUAUCUGCCUUCUGAUCCAAGCAAAACUGAGAGAAGGUUUCUACAAUGGCAGCAGCUCUUCUCUUCAUUGCAGCUCUAAUGGCUGCUUCUUAUACAUCAUCUGAAGCAGUUCAACCAAAAGCUUCUUUUGAAGAUAACUUUAGUAUAAUGUGGUCUGAAGAUCAUUUCAAAACAUCUGAAGAUGGGCAGAUCUGGUAUCUCUCAUUGGACAAAGAAACAGGCUGUGGAUUUCAAACCAAGCAGAGUUAUAGAUUUGGAUGGUUUAGCAUGAAGCUGAAAUUGGUUGGAGGCGACUCUGCAGGUGUAGUGACAGCUUAUUAUAUGUGCACAGAGAAUGGGGCAGGACCAACAAGAGAUGAGUUGGAUUUUGAGUUCCUGGGGAAUAGAACUGGAGAACCCUACUUGAUACAAACAAAUAUAUACAAGAAUGGGACUGGCAACCGUGAAAUGAGGCACAUGCUUUGGUUCGACCCUACCGAAGAGUAUCACACCUAUUCCAUUCUCUGGAAUAACCAUCAGAUAGUGUUUUUCGUGGAUAAAGUUCCAGUAAGGGUGCACAAGAACAAUGGAGAAGCAAACAAUUUCUUCCCCAAUGAGAAGCCCAUGUACCUAUUCUCUAGCAUCUGGAACGCAGAUGACUGGGCCACCAGGGGAGGACUAGAGAAAACAGACUGGAAAAAGGCUCCAUUUGUGUCCUCUUACAAGGACUUCAGUGUUGAAGCUUGCCAAUGGGAGGAUCCCUACCCUGAAUGCGUAUCAACUACGACUAAGAAUUGGUGGGAUCAAUACGAUGCCUGGCAUCUCUCCGAUGAACAAAAAAUGGACUUUGCCUGGGUCCAAAGAAAUCUUGUGAUCUAUGACUAUUGCAAAGACACUGAAAGAUUCCCAACAUUGCCAGUGGAGUGCAGCUUGAGUCCAUGGGAUUGAUGAGCAAGUGACUGUUUAAUUACUAUUCUUCAGCAUCAUUUGUUCUUUUUUCUUCCUUUUUCUUGAAUACCGUUUUGAGAUGGGUAUAAAUCACAAAGUAUGUAUUUUUAUUGAAUAUCUAUUUAAUUUAUUGAAUUAUUUAUAUUCAAUUAGAGCAAUUUUUUUG